CGGUGCGCACGCGGCAUUUAAUUGCGCUCUGAACAAUGGACAAGCAUCCGAGUGGAGAAAACCUAGACGUGUGAGGGGGUGUAUUUCGAGAGAAUUUCAUAUAGGCUACUGCAGUGUAGGCCUACAAAAUAGACAAUUCGGUCACGGAAGUUUAUUUUGUAUUUUUUUACAGUACAUUACACAUUUACUUUGUUUAGCAAUGCAUUAUACAAAUGUUGGACCUUUUUGCGAAUGUCUUCCAUUUCAGGGCUGGUGGUGGUACUGCUAAUAGUACUCCAGUGGGCAGGACGAGGCCUCCCUUCUCCUGUCAGGCCCAUCUGUGACCCCCGCGUUCUGGACCGCUUCAUCAUGGAGGCCCGUGACACAGAGACCGCUCUGCGAGGUUGUGCCAUGACAGGUACAUUUGUGGUUCCUCUGACAAACGUUGACUUUGUGGUCUUGGAGACAAAGGAUACUGGGGAGCAGGCUCUGGAGGUCCAGUCGGGGCUGUCUCUGUUAGGCCAGGCCCUGGGUGCUGUGAGGGAGUCAGUGAGCCGUGCUGCCGUGCAGAGCCUCAUCGACAACAACAAGAGCAACAUCCACAGCCUGAGCCAGGUGCUGCGCAGCCUCCACAUCCAGGACCUGUCCCUCUCUCCAGUGCCAGCAGUAGGUGACUCAGCGACCAGGAAGGUGUCGUCCCUAUCCGAGCUGCUCCGUGUCCACACCAACUUCCUACGAGGAAAGGUUCGCCUGCUGCUCACCAACGCACCUGCCUGUCAACAGAACAGCACGUGAUUAGAGCUUUCCCUGAAGGCAGAGGCUGUUAUUGGACCGUUGUUUAGAGAGAGGAUGAGGUCGUUGGACCUCUACUGAAAUCUCUGAAUGGACUUCAAGUAUGGAAUGCGUAGACAAGGUGAUUGUUGACUGGAUAGAAACUGCUGCGAAAGUCAGUUGAUGUGGGUGGAACUGAUGAGAAAACAACAUGAAUGAGUGAGAGAGAAAAAACGGGACUUCUACAACUCAUUGACCUCAUCGGUUCCUAGUACUACCUACCAGUACCGCCAAUGAGCUCUGAUGCAUGCAGCGGAAAAAGCUACAGACAGUACCCACUGGGCACAGACGUCAAUUCAAUGUCUAUUCCACAUUGGUUCAACCUAAUUUCAUUGAAAUGACGUGGAAAUAACAUUGAUUCAACCAGUUUGUGUCCAGUGGGUACAGAUCAUAUGAGAAGAUGAUCUAUAAAGUCCUAAAUCCAAGGAUUAGA